GGCAGCCAGAACCCGGAAGCUGCGCGGUUUGGCUCUUCUAGGCUUUCCGGCUCCUCCAUUCAUUGACUCACCAUUUAGAGGACUGCAAGCAAUUCAAGAUGAUAUCUGAGCCAUUGUGCUCCAGGGUGAGAUGACCACUGCCCAGGACACAGCUAAAGACCACUGCCUGGGGCACAGCUUAAGACCACUACCCAGGGGGAGAAUGCUGGAGGUCUGAGGCCCCUAUCCCACGUGUCCAAUACAAGCAAAGGAUGAGGACACGGCCUCUGAGUCCAGACAAUUUCUGCCUCUUCUCAACCAUGAGCUCCUGAGGUAGUUACUGAACCACUCCAGCACAGUGUCCUCGUUUGUGAGUUGGAGAUAAUGCCUGUAGAAUUGGCUGCCCUGCGGUUAGAAAUAACACAAGUGUGAGCUGGAUCCCUGGAAGGCACUUGGUGGGGACUGUAUUUGCAUAAAAGCCCCAGAAAACUCCCUGGCCUUUGUCACAGUUAGUCUCUGCACACAGUAAGUCUUUUAAAUCGUUCCGAGUCUCUGGUCUGUGUUCAAGGAUUCAAAGAUAAGCGAGCAAAUCUUGUUCUCCCACCUAAGAGGCCUAGGGGCCUGAGAUGCCCUGCCUUGUUGCUAGUGGUGCCUUACGCAGCCGGGGUGACCCCUCCUUCUCCGUGAGGGACAGGCGGGAGAAAGGCCUGACUAGGAUCGCGCUUACAAGUCUGGCAUACCCUGCCGCUUGGUCAGGGUAGCCAGGUCCCUCAGCUCGUCCCCGUGUAGCUCUCGAAAGUGUCUACACUAGACCCUCCGCGGCGCGCCUGCAACUCCGCUGCCGAAAGUGCCGGGGUCGCCACGCCCGCACCAGCAGGAGCAGGACUUAGCAGCAAAGGCAUUUUCUCCCAGCCUACGCCCCGUAGAGGAGCUGCAACGCGCCCCACCCAAGGACCAGCAUCUUUCUUCCGCCACGCCCCAUUGCUCAGGCCCUCCCCUCUCGGGGACCACGCCCCGUUCAGCCCCCGCCCCGCCCCGGCGCUGCCCCUCCCUCAAGCCACGCCCCAUAGCUAGACUCCGCCCCACGCCCAGACCACGCCUCGCCCCGACUACACCCCCUCCAGUGGACUGCGCGGCGGGAUGCGUGCAGGGCUCGUCGUGCGCGGUGGGAGGCGGUGCCCGGCUGGCCGCGCGCAUCAUGGGGAACAAGCAGACCAUCUUCACUGAUGAGCAGCUGGACAACUACCAGAUCCAUCCCCCAGACCCCCUCAAGCUCCAGAGCAUUGCUGGCUGCCUUGCCCAGACCCCAGGCUGCUUGCUCCUCCAGCUGAUCAGUGAAGACUGCACGUUCUUCAAUAAGAAUGACAUCCUCAAGCUCCAUGCGAGGUUCUACGAGCUGGCCCCCAACCUCGUCCCCAUGGACUACAGGAAGAGCCCCAUCGUCCAUGUGCCCAUGAACCUCAUCAUCCAGAUGCCGGAGCUCCGGGAGAAUCCCUUCAAGGAGAGGAUAGUGGAGUCCUUCUCCCAGGACGGCGACGGGAACCUCACCUUUGACGACUUCGUGGACAUGUUCUCCGUGCUCUGCGAGUCGGCCCCCCGAGACCUCAAGGCCAACUACGCCUUCAAGAUCUACGACUUCAACACCGACAACUUCAUCUGCAAAGAGGACCUAGAGAUGACGCUGGCCCGGCUCACCAAGUCGGAGCUGGAGGAGGACGAGGUGGUGCUCGUGUGUGACAAGGUCAUCGAGGAGGCCGACCUGGACGGCGACGGCAAGCUGGGCUUGUCCGACUUCGAGGACAUGAUCGCCAAGUCCCCCGACUUCCUCAGCACCUUCCACAUCCGGAUCUGAGGCCCUGGCCAGGGUCGCAAGGCCCCAGAGCCCACCGUCCUCCUCGGCCAUCUACACAGUUGUAACCUCCAAGCUCCCAGCACAGGAGCUGCAGCCUCCAGGGUUUACACCCACGAACAAUAUCUUGGCCCUUUGAGCAAAAAAGAAAA